AUGGAAGACAAUCAAAAAAAUUUAGAUAUCUUGGAAGGCGCAAUCAAUCGAUACAAUGAUGUAUCACAGAUAAUCCACGAACUCCCUAAUAAGCUUGAUCAUGAAAUUAUGGUACCUUUAGGAAAAGUUGGCUUUGUUAAAGGUAGAAUUGUGCAUACAAAUGAAAUAUGGGUAAAUAUUGGGAAAGAUACUUUUAUUAAGACAACCACAAUUGGCUGUGAUGGAAUUAUUGAGAGAAAAAUCAAAGGUAUGAAAUAUACAGCAAUCCAAGAAGAAAUAAAAAGAUUCAAACCGAAGGAAAUUGAAAAUAAAUCAAUCGAAGAUGUAUUCAAAAGAAUCAAAGAGCUAGAAAUAGAAGAAAAAGGUGGAAAAUCUGCUCAAGAAAAUUUGACAGUCGGGAAAAUAGUGGAAAGAAAUCCUAUAGAAGAAAACCAAAUUGAAGAAGUCAAGAAGCCUGAAAAAUUGUCAAAAUUUAAGCAAGAAAUGAAUAAAAAAAAAUCAUCAUAA